ACAUUUUUUUUUGGUUUAGCUUCGCGCCACCGGGCUAAGCUAUGGAAAACAGAGCUGCCGGGGACGACGGCUUCGCCGACGAUGAAUUCGUCGUUAACAUCGAAAAUGUGAGCGGCAAGGUCGACUAUUCAAAGCUCAUUCAAAGAUUCGGGUCUGAGCCCAUUAUGCCGGGUUUGGUUGAGCGCAUAGAGCGCCUGACUGGUCGUCCGGCUCAUCCUUUUCUUUCUCGUGGUUUUUUUUUUAGUCACAGAGAACUCGACAAGCUGCUGGACGCGUACGAGGGUGGAAGGAAGUUCUACUUGUAUACGGGGCGCGGCCCGAGCACCGACUCGAUGCACCUCGGUCAUUUGAUUCCGUUCAUCUUUUGCAAGUAUCUCCAGGACGCGUUCGACGUGCCCGUCGUCAUUCAGAUGACGGACGAUGAGAAGUAUUUGUACAAGCAAGUGAAUUUGGAGUCUCUCCGACAAUACACAAUCGAAAACGUGCGCGAUAUCAUCGCUUGCGGCUUCGACGUCAACAAGACCUUCAUCUUUUCCAACUUGGAGUACAUACAACACUUGUACCCGAACGUGUUGAGAAUUCAAAAAAACGUGACGGUCAAUCAGGUCCGAGCCAUUUUUGGAGUGAACGACAGCAGUAAUAUUGGGAAGGUUUCCUUUUCGGCCAUCCAGGCCGCGCCUAGCUUUGCCUCGUCGUUUCCACAGGUCUUCGAGGGUUGCCAGAACAUGCUUUGCCUGAUUCCGUGCGGAAUCGACCAGGACCCGUAUUUCUUGAUGACGCGCGACGUCGCGCCCAGGCUGGGCAGUCCGAAGCCGCACCUGAUUCACUCUAAGUUCUUGCCCGCGCUGCAGGGCAUGGACAAGAAGAUGAGCUCUUCCGUCGAAGAGAGCGCGAUAUUUUUGACGGACUCCGAAGCUCGGAUUCGAGAGAAGGUCAUGAAGUACGCGUUUAGCGGCGGGCAGUCGACCAUCUCCGAUCAUCGGCGAUUGGGCGCCGAUUUGAACGUGGACAUCUCGUACCAAUAUCUGAGCUUCUUCUUGGAGGACGAGAAAGAGUUGCAGAGGAUCAGAGCGGAAUAUUCGAGCGGGAAAAUGCUCACGGUCGAGGUCAAAAAAAUACUGGUCGGGCUGAUAUCCGAGCUUGUUCGCCGGCAUCAGGCGGCCAGGAGCGGCAUUUCGGACGAUUUGGUCAGGGAGUUCAUGUCCGUCCGAAAGUUGAAUCUGUCUGCUCCCUGAGGAGCCCCCCCCGCGAGAUCGAGGUGCCAGUUUUUGUUUUUAUUUUUAUUACUAUUGAACAGUCGCAUGAUGAUGUCCUGAACGGACGCGCGGCUCGCGUCCGCAGCACAGAAUCCGAGGGGCCGGAGGCCGGUGCGUCGGCCGCCGUCUCGCCCGCUUUUAGCAAAAGGAGGGAGGGAGGGGCGUGGGUUUUGUGAGUUCCACCUUGGGUUCGAAGACGUCUCCGAUUUCUUGGAGUAUCGCGAUGACCAGCGUACCGUAGAACGUGAAAAGGCUUCCGGUGGGAAAAAUAAAGACGCAGUGCAGCGCCAGGAGAA